GCAUCCAAAUCAUCCAAAAGCCCCAACCGUGAUAGGAAUGGGGAUAUCGUUACUUUCAUUCCCUAUGUAUAAAAGAAUCCCAAAAUCCUGAUCGCAGAUCUGAGAUACCCAAAAAAAAAAAAAAAGCCUCCGACGGAACCCCACGGCGGCGCUCACCGGCCGACCACCGGCAAAGGGAACCCUCCCCCUCUAGAGGGUGUUGUUCUAUAACCUUAAAAAGUUAAUUGGAGUGCUUCGUAGACUCUGAUCUCUGUUCUCUCUAUUUCUAUAAAGUCCAAACCUGCGGCGCCUAUAUUUCCAAUACUCUCUCUCUCUUUGUUUUCUCUCUGCUUCUCUCUCUGUGUCAGUUCGAAGCUGCGGCCAUGGCUGCAGACCCUGAAGGUAAAGAGUUGAAGCUGUACUCUCAGUUUCAGACAGAGCAAACGAAGCAGAAACCCUUUGAAGGGGACAAUUGGUCGAGCUACUUUGGCCCUUCUGAUUCAUUUCUCGGCUUCAGCUCUCCGGUGGAGUCCGAGCUCGGUUCCUACGAGAUCGAGAGCGAUAAAGACGAUGAUCACACGGCUGAAUUGAGUCGCCGGAUGGCUCAGUACAUGCUUCAGGAUGAAGAUAACUCCUCCACUGCAAGCUCUGGCUCUGAGAUUCAAAACAAGUCAUGGGGUUUGGCUGGUUCGCCAAUUUCAACUCUGUGGUCACCUCUAGGCUCAAGCAAUGGAAGCAGCCACGGAAGCCCGGAGGGGCCAUCGAAGGAGCCAUCGCCACCAACGACGCCAAUCGUAGCAGACCGAGGGGUGCUGGGGCUGGACAUUUCACAAAACGUUUUCAGCAAGUUGGAGAAGAUGAAAAAUGUGUGCAGGGAUGGAGAAACUGGAUCUUCUUCUUCUUCCAAAGACCAAGCUCGAGCUCUCAAAAAUCAAAAGCGGAAGCAGAACCAGAACAAGCAAAACCAGAACCAGAGCCAGAGCCAGCAGCAGUUUAUGAAGCAAAGAGGGUCAAAACCAGGUGGUUCAGCAGGGACUGGCGUGUUCUUGCCCCGCCAUGUGAACUACAACCGCCCAGCUCCAUCUCCUCAGCCGCCACAGCCGUCCAAGACAAAGGGCUCUUCCACCGUUCUAAUACCCGUGAGAGUCCUGCAAGCUUUACAGCUUCACUACGACCGAAUGGACGACCAGACGAGACAAAAAAUCACUGGGUUCGCAGCAAUUAGAGAAGCAAUGGGUGGUGCGAUAACCGCCACACAUGGCGAGACCCAAACCCAGCCGGAAGCGGCGGCGGCGGCGGCGGCGGAGACGGCGACAAGCCAAAUGGACGUGGGUCUCCCUCAAGAAUGGACGUAUUAAUGGAAUGGGUACAACAUCUGGCGGUUUCCGAUCACAAAUCUGAAGCUUUUUGGCGGUUUGUGAGAGAGAGACGAAGUUUAUGGAUCGCAAUAAAAGCCACAAGUAGGCAGAGAAAGAAGACGAAAUUGAAAUUUCGUGUUGUGAAUGAAAACGACGUCGUUCUUUUACUGUCUAUGAGGGGCAAAAAAGUAAAUAAAGUUUGGGAAAUUAAUAUUGUUUUAGGAGGGAGGAGCAUUUUUUUUUUCCUUUUUUGAAUAAAAAAUGUGAAAUCCUUUGUAAUAAUUUCAAACAAGGUUGUUUGUUUCCCUACAAUAAUUGUUUAAAUAAUUUAAUUAUUUUUACUGGGUC